GUUGGAUUUGCUGUUUGCUCUCCCUUCCUGCAAAGUGUUUUUCCCCAAACUCUUUCAGGAAAGCCCAAGGUGUACCAAGGUGUCAGAGUAAAGAUUACAGUGAAGGAGUUACUGCAGCAGAGAAGAGCACGACAGGCAGCAACUGGUUCAGCAGUGAGUGAAAAUAUUUUGUUGUUUGCUUUGUCUCUUCUCCCCUUUAGCUCCAGCCACUCCAGGGAUUUGCACAGAGAGGCUGCCCCUUUUGAUGCAGAGCCCAUCUCUUCUGUUCCCAACUGCUGCCCCUCCUGGCAGUUUUCCAACUGCCUCUCCUGUGAGGAAAGCCCCAGCUACUUGGAGCAGCUGAUAGAUUCCUGCCUGCAGUCGGAUGCGCCCUCGGAGCCAGCCUGCAGUGCUUUCCAGCCAUCACACUACACCCCAGACACCUUCCAGCCGGUCCCUCUCUGCUUUAACCAGGGCCUGCCCUGGGACAGCAGGGUCCCCCAGUGCUUCCCCUGCCCCAGCACGGACUGCCUGGACUACCUGCCCCCCCUGGCCAUGGCCGAGGACUUCUUCAGGAGGGACAGGAGCUGGGACAUCUGCUACAGCUAA